UCGUACCCUCGUAUAAAGUCAAUACGGCCGUAUUGGGCUCGUGUCGAUUCAGCCGGCAUGAUCUGCUGGGAGAUGCCAAUAUGAACAACCAACAACAUAUAUAUAUCUCGUUGAGCUCGUCCUGGGCAUCUGUGUUCACUACCAUCGUCUUCUGUGCUCACACUCGGUCAGGAUGUUUCUCCUCCCACUGCUCAUCACGGUGGCUGCAGCGAUUCGCUCGACUCCCAGUUUCCCAAACAUCAAUUUGGGCUACGCGGUCCACGCACCCACCUUCGUGAAUACCACCUCGUCCGGCCUACAGGUCGCCAACUACAACAAUAUCCGCUUUGCCCAACCACCUACUGGAGACCGACGCUUUCGUAAACCCCAAACACCACCGCCGCAGCACGAGGGCGUCGUUCAUGGAAGUGAGUAUCUGUCGACGGAUUGCGUCAACAGCGUGCCCGCGGUCGCCCCAUUCCCGGGUUUCAACGGUACCACCUGGGGCCAGGAGGAUUGCCUGUUCCUGAAUGUGCAAGUCCCCGAGGGCGUCAAGGAGGGAGACAAUGUGCCGGUGAUCCAUUGGCUGUAUGGCGGAGCCUAUGCCUUUGGAAGCAAAGAUAAUACAGCUCUUACUUAUGGGUACUCGAUGGGGUUGUUCAAUGCGCUCAAGGGACAUCAUGAGAAGUUUAUUUUCGUCGCGAGCAACUACAGACUUGGGCUGUAUGGAUGGAUGGCCUCUCCGGAUGAGGAUAUGGACAGCAACAUUGGUAUCCACGAUAGCGAAGCGGCCCUUGAAUGGACCAAACAGUACAUAUCCAAGUUUGGAGGGGACCCAGACCGAAUCACGGCAAUGGGGCAAAGCUCAGGUGCUGGGCUCUUGAAUUACCUCCUUGUGGCAGACAGAGGAGGCCGGAAGCUACCAUUUUCUCAGGCUAUCAUUUCUUCCCCGUCGCUUAUGCCCCGCCGAAACGUCAUGGAGCGGAGGCAGGAAAUAUAUGAAGAUGUGCUUGUGGCUACGAACUGCACGUCACUAGAAUGCCUACGGUCUGCCUCGCCAGAGGUCCUUGCAGCAGCCAACCACCAUCUCAUCAGCGAAGUUCCCGCGGGCGCUGGCGGCGGUUCCUUCGGACCCAGCAUUGGCUUUGCUCCAGCACCAGACGGCAGAUAUAUUAGAGACGCACCGAUGGUCCUUCUCCAGGACAGCGACGCAGCGUACCGCCAACCACUACGGCAAUUAUUGGUUGGCAACAUGGCACUCGAUGGAAUGAAUCUGAUUAACGAUAACAACAUGCCGGCUGCAUUCCCCGCCUUGGUUCGGACGGUCUUCACCACGGCCAGCAACCGGACUAUACAACAAAUCCAAGACUUGUUUCCGUUCCCCUCGUCAAAUCCAGCGAAGCUUGCCUGGGACUGGGCAACGUCGAUCAUAUACGGCUGCCACGCUCAGAAUGUGGCCGCCGCGUAUCCAGACAUCACUCAUCGAUAUGUGAUGGCUAUCCCCCCGGCAACCCAUGCCGAGGAUCUGUCCUACAUGUUCUUUGUCAACAACGCCACCACUCCCGUGACCAGUACCCCUGUUAUUUGGCAAAUGCAAGACUACCUGUUGCGGUUUAUCGCGGCGCGCAAUGCGACGACUACACCGUCUGGUUUCCCCGUAUAUGGCCCUCGCUCGGAGGUGGCAUGGAUCACUGAGACCGGGCCAGAAGUACGACCGGACCCUCUGGCUGGAGUGUGUGAGAAAUUGCUUGCCUUGAUAGAGGAACCUGAGAAUGGCGUGUAGAGGCGGUACAGCCUGAAAAUCUCGUGGAAAAAUCGCCGUGGCGGUUAGAUGGAGCUUCUACAAGAGGAGGGGUGCAAAAGUAUAUACAGUCACCCCCUUUUCGCGCCAAACCCACUAAAAUGAUUACCUUCUUUAUUGGACUAUUAUUCUGCCAGUCAAAAUAAUCGAUCGCGUACACGUCUAAGCAAGCCUACUAUUCUAUUCUAUAAUUCUCAAUGUCUCAAAGAAAGGAAACAUAUCCUACUCCGCGUGCGCAGAUAUGCGGGCUUCA